CGGCGCCCACACCUCUGACCCUGCAGCAGCGGCUGGAGAUUCUCUUAGGCGCAGCUCAUGGGCUGGAGUACCUGCACAGCUUCAACAUGGUACACCGCGACAUCAAGCCCGCCAACAUCCUGCUCGACGCAAACAUGCAGCCCAAGAUUGCAGCCUUGGGUUACUGCGUGUGGGCGAGGGAACCACCGUGCAAGCCACGCGAGUGAUGGGCACACCGGGCUAUGUGGACCCGGCCUAUGCUCGCACACAGAAGGCCACCACUGCCACUGAUGUGUACAGCUUCGGAUUGCUCAUGCUGAUGGUGACAACGGGCCGUGACGUCACUUUCUUUGACGAGGGGAAGUCUGUGAAUGUUGCGGAUUGGGUGAAAGAGCAGAUAGGGCGAAACGACAUCGCAGCCCUGAAGGAUCCGCGCAUGGAAGCUCCAGAAGACAUCAUCAUGCGCAUCAUGCAGCUGGCGGUGCGCUGCACUGCCAAGCGCACUGCCAACAGGCCCAGCAUGACAGACAUCGCCAUUGAGCUGCAGGCCAUUCUGAUUGCACUCGGCGGCCCGACGUCGAAAGUGUUUCGGGCGGCGGAGCAGGUGGACGCGCAGCUUGACAGUGUGAGCUCCAAUCCACUGGACCUGGACGAGGCGUUUUCCAUGAUUGAUGGCAUGAAGGAGCAGGAGCAGCAGGAAAUGCAAACUUCUAAUUCUGUGUGA